UUUCACUGAUAAUCCCAGUCCACAUGGUAUUCGCGCGCUCUCUCUCUCUCUCUCUCUCUCUCUCUCUCUCUCAAUACAAAGUUCAACCAAAAAUCUGAUGGAGCUCGCCGUUCACGUGCUUGCGUACCGCGAUAAUAUACGCGCCAGACGCAUCUCCCGCGAAAUCCAUAUAAAGCGGCCGAUCUAUCCACGAAUAGCUUCUUUCGUUCGCUUGCGAUCCGAGGGUCAAGUGCAGAUACACAGUCGCUCGAUUUUACUCAAGCUUUCUGUCCGAGCUUUUGAAAUACGUUCUAACGAUCCUUGAGCUUUCGAUUCUGCGCAAUCCCAAGUCUUCCGGAGGAAACAUUAAUACCAUAUUUGUCCGGAGUAUCCGUCAAAAUUGUCAAGCGAAAGAUGUCGAUCAUGAACGGCCACGUGAACGGCUUGGACUGCAACAACCAAAAGAAGAAGUUCCUGAACAGCAAAGCCGAGGCCGAGGAGCACGAAGAGCACCAGUAUCUAAAGCUCAUCAGAUUGAUACUGGAUAAGGGUGCCGUCAAAGACGAUCGAACCGGCGUCGGCACCCACUCCGUCUUCGGUACGCAGAUGCGCUUCAGUCUGAGAGAUGGAACCUUACCACUGCUCACUACGAAGCGAGUAUUCUGGCGAGCCGUGGCAGAAGAGUUGUUCUGGUUCAUCCGAGGCUCGACUAACGCCAAGGAGCUUUCGGCCAAAGGCGUGAAAAUCUGGGACGCCAACGCGUCCAGAGAAUUCCUCGACACCUGCGGCUUUCAGGAUCGCGAGGAAGGCGAUCUCGGCCCGGUUUACGGCUUUCAGUGGAGGCACUUUGGCGCCAAGUACGUCGACAUGCACACCGAUUACAGCGGUCAAGGUUUUGAUCAGCUUGCCGACGUGAUCGACAAGGUGAAGAACAACCCGGACGACAGGCGAAUAAUAAUGAGCGCGUGGAACCCUGUGGACAUUCCGAAAAUGGCCCUCCCGCCCUGCCACUCGCUCGCUCAGUUCUACGUCUACGACGGCGAGCUCUCCUGUCAUCUUUAUCAAAGAGCCGGCGAUAUGGGCCUUGGUGUGCCAUUCAACAUCGCCUCCUACUCGCUGCUCACCAUCAUGAUCGCUCAUGUGGCCAAUUUGAAGCCUGGCGAAUUCGUGCACACGAUGGGCGACACUCACGUGUACCGCAACCACGUGGAUGCUGUGAAGGAGCAGAUAAAGCGCGAGCCUCGGCCAUUCCCGAAGCUCAGGAUCAAGCGACAAGUGACUGACAUCGACGACUUUCAGUUCAGCGACUUCGAACUGGAAGGAUAUAAUCCCCACCCGAAAAUUGACAUGUCUAUGGCACUUUGAAUUGCCUUUUUCACGAAUCGUUGUUCUACUAUCUUUUGUAUGUACAUGUUAAAUUACGUAAUAUGUGAGAUUUAGAUAUAUAUGUAAGUGAGAUAUUUGCGUUCGUCGACCUAAUUUACUUUUGCAAAUGUUUCGAAGCUUUGCGUAGUAGUAUUAUAAUGUAACGAGAUACUUGUAUAUUAGCUUUAAGAUGAGACAUUCGAUACUAAUUAUAAGCUCUACACACUUAUUAUAAUAAUACAUAAAAUGUUAAUAAACAUUUUUAUAUUAAAAAUA